AUGACUCAACCAUCUACAAUAGAUAGAGAAAUGGUGGUGCUUCCAGUGGUGAAGCUAGCAACACUCGCUUUGAGAACCGCGUGCAAACCAAUCGCCAACAGGCUCAAGAAGGAGGCUAGUUACCACCCAAGGUUCCGCAAUUUCAUCAUCAGCAUUGCACAGGCGAAUCAUAGGCUGACCACACGUGUGCAGAGACGCAUUUAUGGUCACGCAACUGAUGUGGCAAUUCGGCCCUUGAAUGAGGAGAAAGCUGUUCAAGCCGCUGCUGAUAUGCUUGGAGAACUCUUUGUGUUCUCGGUUGCAGGAGCUGCUAUCAUCUUUGAGGUGCAAAGAAGUUCAAGAUCAGAAGCAAGAAAGGAAGAACUACGUAAACAAGAGAUUCAGGAAAUAAAGACGAGGAGUGAAGAGUUAGCUAAAGAAAUUGAACUUGUUGCACAAAAGCUUGAAGAGGUGGAACAACUUGCUAGAGGACGAGGACUUGUAGGCAUUCUUAACUUCAGACACACUCAUGCCAAUGAAGAUAGAAAAUCCAAUUGAUUGCUGCAAUAGUUAAGCAUUGCACACAUAUUUUCAAUAAGUG